AUGGUGCAACUAUUGAAGGCGGCGUUCGUCGGCGCUGCCGUGCUCGCUACAGCGGCAUAUGCACAGAUAACCAUGGACUGCGGUGCCAACCUGGGAAAGUGUCCCGAGUCGAAGCCGUGUUGUUCGCAAUAUGGCCAGUGCGGCAUCGGCGCCUUCUGUCUGGGCGGAUGCGACCCCAAGUUCUCGAACCAGCUCGAGUCCUGCGUCGCGGCGCCAAUCUGCCAGUCCAAGAAGCACACCUUUGACGGGCUGACGCGAGUGGCGGACAAAACCAAGUAUCUGGGCGAUGCCUCGCGGUACGACUGGGUUGCCGACGGAAACCCGAUGAAUUCCGACGACGGCGACCUGCUGUUGACGAUGGCGGCAAAGACGGUCGGCACGGUCAUGGCCAGCACCAGAUAUGUUUGGUACGGAAAUAUCAAGGCCACCAUGAAGACCUCAAGGGGCGCCGGCGUCGUCUCGGCGUUCAUUAUGAUGAGCGAUAUGAAGGACGAGAUCGAUUUCGAGUGGAUCGGUGUCGACCUCGAUGUUACCCAGACCAACUACUAUUUCCAGGGAAUCCCCGAUUACACCCACGGCGGCAACAUUUCGACCUCUGCCACCUUCGACGAAUGGCACACGUACGAAGUCGACUGGACGGAGGACUCGAUCACGUGGAAAGUCGACGGGGAGACCGGGCGCACGCUGAAGAAAUCCGACACGUACAACGCGACCAGCAAGCAAUACGACUUCCCGCAGACACCAUCUCGCGUGCAGCUCUCCUUGUGGCCCGGCGGCCUCGCCACCAACGACAUCGGCACGAUCAACUGGGCCGGCGGCGAAAUCGACUGGACCAAUUCGGCGGACAUGAAGGACCCUGGGUACUACUACGUGCAAGUGAAAGACGUAGUCGUGUCCUGCUACGACCCUCCAUCAGGCACCACCAAGAAGGGCAGCAAGUCGUACUACUACUCCGACGCCGCAGGCCUGCAGAAGAACGUCGUGAUCGGCGACAAGAGCACCGUGCUCAAGUCCUUCCUCGCGUCCGGCACCGACAUGGACGCGGCCGCGCCCUCGUCCAGCGCCGGCCUCGAGGGCAUCGAGACGGUGCCCGGCCUUGCUGGCGCCGGCACCGGCGCCGGAAAUCGCGCUACCCCGAGUGGAACUACUGGCACCACCGAGGAUACUGAGGACCAGGGCGUCGCCGCUGCUACCGGCAAAAACGUCUUCUCCCAGGGAAACACGAAUGAUGCUGCCGCUCCCGCUAAUGCAUUGGCCCUGAGGGGGAGCAUGGUCGCCCUGCUCGUGGCGUUGGUCGGGAUUGUGGCGUUGUAA